AUGAACUUUCAAGACAAAACUAUCAUUAUUACAGGAGCAGGAGGAAACUUUGGACGAGACGGAUGCAUUUAUUUUGCCAAACAGGGAGCCAAGAUCGCUGCCUUUGAGGUCAAUGCUGAAACCUUGGAAGAAACAGCCAAGCUAGUCAAGGAACAAGUGCCAGGUGCCAAGAUUCUCUGUCAGCCCUGCAAUGUCACUGAUGCCGCCAAUGUCAAAGCAGCAGUCGAUGCCGUUGUAGCUGAAUUUAAGACCAUUGAUAUGUGCUGGAAUAAUGCCGGAUAUCAAGGUCACAUUACGCCAACUCUUCAGUACGACCCAGUGGAUUUUGCUAGAGUUAUGAACAUUAAUGUAACUGGAAUGUUUAUUGUCUUGCAAGCCGUUGCCAAGAAAAUGGAAGCCCAAGGGAAACGCGAUACUACCUACUCUAUUGUAAAUACCGCCAGUGUCGCCGGGCUUCAUGGAACUCCUGCCAUGGUCGCAUACUCGUCUAGCAAGGCCGCAGUCUUGGCCAUGACUGUUAGUUGUUCGAAAGAUCUGGCACCCUAUGGCAUUCGAGUCAAUGCGAUCAGUCCUGCUCUCAUUGGGCCCGGUUUCAUGUGGGAUCGUCAAAAUGAAUUGCAUGCCUCAUCGGGAUCACCGUACUAUUCAAGGGAUCCAGAGACGGUUGCCAAGAACAAAGUGAACGAUGUACCAAUGAAGCGUCUGGGAACCAUUCAAGAAGUCAUACAAUCAGUCGCUUUUUUGCUGAGCGAUCAGUCCAGUUACACGACUGGAACCAACUUGGUGGUUGAUGGCGGUGUGAUUUCUGGAUUGAAAUGCUAG